GGCGUUGCUAGCGGCAGAAAGUGGAAUUUGUGGAACCUUUUAUCAAGUUGUGUCCUCGUACGAAUAACGCCCGGCGUUCGGAAAAACAGCGUGUGGCGUUCCCCCCGGAGUUGUGAGCCUCCCUCGCGGUGUUUGUCCGUCGUUGUCCUCGGAGGAACGGCUGUGACUUUCCGUCCCGUUAGCUGGCCACGGAGCUAGCCUUGCUUCCCAUCCACGGGAAUUCUGCCGAGAAACGAGUGAAUUGUGGAAACAUGGAGUCACGGAGCGCUGCGCCGCGGAGCUAACCCACUUCCCCCGGACUCCCUCCUAGUCGAGGACACACACAACCACGGGGACACGUCAGAAGCCGGGCGAACAUCGAUGCGGGCUCGUGUACAUGUAUGUCUCGGUGGUCGGCCGGUUCAUUGUUGUGAACGGGGAGUUUGCUUAGUUUGCACACGAAGCAAAGUUUUUCUGCUGAAAGAGCUCAUCUGUUUUGUUAGCUGCUAGCUGGCGAGACUCCGCCGCGGCCAGCUCCACACAAGCGAGUGGGCUUUUUAUUUCCCUUUUUUUUUUUUGUUUAAAUACACAAUUUAAUCGGUUUCGGGUUUUUUUGACUCCAGCGUCUCGCUCAUUGUGCUUACAUUUUUUUUUUCUCAUUUGAAAAAAAAACCGGGUAGUUUUCCUCCGCGUUUCUCCUGGUCACCGGAGACUCGUCCCCUUGCAGCCGAAAGCAGACCUCCAGGAGCCGGGGACACCAGAUGGGACUGGAGGAAUUCCCAGCAUCUUCGGAGAUCCUCUAGGCACCGAGGCCAGGCAGCCCGAGCAGGGGUGGUGGCAGACGGGACUACAUCGCAGAUACACGGUGUCUGUUUCACUGGGAAUACAGAUUGUUUACACGCAGGACAUUUUCCGAGAGACGUGGAAGGCUGAAGGAUUCACACGAGGAGUUCUUACAUGCACGACAAACUUGUGCCAGCCGGAAGCAGUGUGUGUUCAUUGGUGUUGCUAAAUUAUAGUUGGAUGCCGGGGUUGUGAUAUCAUCUGACUGCACAAGCUAAUACGACAGAGGCCCCGAUUCAUGUUUUAAGCUCUGCACUGUCGAUUCCUCGCUGCUACCCGAUUUUUGUUUUUUGCCCAGGAGUAUUGAUCGAAAGAUUCCGUAUAGGUCGUGUCAGUAUUUGGACGAGCCCUGCAACAACAACAACAACAACAGCCACCAAACAGUCUCCUCAGAUUUAUUUAUUAUCAGCACCGUCUUUUAUUUUCCUCAAAAUCCCUGCCUACUUCAGACGAAUGCCACAGAGAAGGACGCUCCAGGGAAAUCGCCUCAUCGCACUCUGGAAAAUGUUAAAAGGAUAUAAUUUGCUGCAAAUCUAGAACCGGAAGCCCAAUGAGUGACACACAGUCCAGCUUCACUGACAGGUUUCCCAAGAAAGCAAACAGAACCAGCAGCAUUCUCAGUAAAGACCAUCCCCCAGACAAGAAGCCCAGAAGUGACAAAACCUCACUUCCCUCCAAUGAGUUUGACCCUACAGGUCUGGUCCAGCGAUGUGUAAUCAUCCAGAAAGAUGAAAAUGGCUUCGGGCUCACUGUCAGUGGUGACAACCCAGUGUUUGUGCAGCUUGUCAAAGAAGAUGGGGCUGCAAUGCGGGCAGGUGUCCAGACAGGAGAUAGGAUCAUCAAGGUCAAUGGGACCCUUGUAACACAUUCAAACCACAUUGAAGUGGUGAAGCUAAUCAAAUCGGGCUCCUAUGUGGCCCUCACAGUGCUGGGGCGCCCCCCAGGGCUCGCCCAGAUCCCUUUGUCGGAAGCAGAGUCUCAAAUGCUGGGUGUUAGCAUUUCCUCUCCAAACUCCCCAGCAUCAGAACGCCCCUACAGUCCUCAGGACCGCCUCUCUUCACAACCACCAUGGGCCAUGAAGGAGGAGUACAGCAAGAACCCCUCCCCCAAACUACUGAAAGACAUCCUGGAAGCUAAAAAACACAUUCCUCAGCUGCAGGGUCAGCUCUUCAAGGCCACUGGGGCAACACAGGAGGGGGUUCCAGGUGGUGAUGCACAUGAUGGUAGCAUGUUUGAGUCGGAGCACACUCUCACCUCAAAGGGAGACAACAACACAGACAUGUCCUGGAGCAGCACACCUUUAUCCCACAGAUUUGGGCCUGGAUCUCCAGAAAGUUUAUUUCAAAGACAGACAUCCUGCUCCAGCCCAAAGAGCACACCCAGGAACAGCUUCAACUCCUGCCACUCCCCUGACGCAGCAGACACCACUGACCUGGACUCUCUGUCCCCAACCACAGUCAGCAGUCCCUCCUCUUCUCGCCUCGUCUCACAAAUCAUUGGAGCUGAGGACGACUAUUUUGAUUCGGACCAGGAACAGACAAACGGCCAGUGUCACAACUUCAACAGCAUCGAGCAGCUCAAGUCUCGCCCCGCCCACCUCACGGCCUUCCUUCACCAUGUCAUCUCUCAGUUCGACCCUGCUCCUGUGCUUUGCUACCUCUACGCUGACCUCUACAAGCAGACCAACUCCAAAGAGACCAGACGGGUGUUCAUGGACCUCCACACCUUCUUCAUAGACCGAGGAGCUAAUUUGAAAGUUGCUGUCCCUGAAUCCAUCUCUUCUGAUCUUGAUCGACGGCGGACAGAACUGAUCCCAGAGGAAAUAAACAGGCAACACGUUCAAUCACUGCAGGACUCUCUGCUCCCUGACAUUCAGAAGAACCUUGAGGAUUUCAGGCAGAAGCGCAGUAUGGGUCUAACAGUGGCUGCAGCUGAAUUGGCGAGACUGGACCAAGAGGGAGUCAGAGACAGGGUCACUCUGGAGAGAGAGCGCUCAUAUGCUGAAAGCAUCAUCACCAAGAUAGAGGAUAUCCUCUUAACUACUCAGACCACAGAAGAAGAGAAAUGCACUACCAUGCAGUAUGUCAUCUAUACAUACAUGAAGCACCUUGGUGUGAGGGUCAAGGAACCUCGCAGUCUGGAGUCCAAACGGGUCCGGAUCAACUUUCUCCCCAAGAUCAAGAAAAGCAUAAAGUCAGAAAAGGAAGGAGGAGAAGAAAAGGUGGUGAAGAAACCCAGAUUUCCCAGCAUCCUUGGUCCUCAGCGGCGGCCCAGCCGCAUCGAAGCAGCAUCUGUGGGUAAAGCCUUGGAUGGUCGCCCACGACCUCAGAAACAGUUGUCUCAGCCUUCACUUGGGGCAAGCGACCACAUGGAAAGUGGUCGUUUAAGAAGCAGCCAAUCAAGUGAGGGCUCUGAGCUCACACACUCCAUGUCUGUCAACACCUCAUCCCCAAACAGCACCAACUACAGCUCAGACACGAGCCGAGACGCUGACAUGGGUGGAACUCCGACCUCAGGCCCCCACAGGCUGAGUGACGGCCUUCAGACCGACCCUCUGGACGGGCUGCCAUACCCUGCUUCGCACUUUGACCUUUACAAUCUGGACCAACUGCAAGAGGACGACAGAGAGAGUGACAGAGCUCACGAGGGAACACCAAAGGCCAUACGAAGGCUCGAGGGACUGGGUGCAGCAGACGUCCAGAGUGAAGACGACCAGGGAACAGACUCCGAGCACGACCCCCCAAACUGGCAGCAGCUGGUGGGGAGAGAAGUCCUAGUGGGUCUCCGGCCUCAUGAAAUCAAAAGGCAGGAAGUUAUCAAUGAGCUGUUUUACACGGAGCGUGCACAUGUGCGGAUGCUGCGAGUUUUAGACCACGUUUUCUACCAGAAGCUUUCCAAAGAGAGCAUCCUGCCUCCCGCUGACAUCAAGAACAUCUUCACCAACCUGGAGGAGAUUCUGCAGCUGCAUGCUUCAAUACUGGAGCAAAUGGCAGCCGUGCGGAAGAGAAAUGAGUCCUCAGUAAUUGAUCAGAUAGGAGACGACUUGCUCUCCUGGUUCAGUGGCGGCGAGGAGAAGAUCAAGCAGGCGGUCGGGACGUUCUGCAGUAACCAGCCUUUCGCUCUGGAGAUCAUCAAGACGAAGCAGAAGAAAGACUCCAGGUUCACUUCGUUCAUCCAGGAGGCAGAGAGUAACAGACUGUGUCGCAGACUGCAGCUUAAAGACAUCAUUCCUGUCGAGAUGCAGCGACUCACCAAGUACCCGCUGCUACUGGAGAACAUCUCCAAGUACACAGACAACACGGUGGAGAAGGACAAAGUGAAGCAGGCGGCCGACUGCUGCAGGAGGAUCCUAAAUCACGUCAACCAGGCUGUGAAGGAAUCCGAGGACAAGCAGAGGCUGGAGGACUAUCAGAGACGACUGGACCUGUCCUCUCUGAAGCAGACAGAUAACCCUGUGAUCCUGGAGCUAAAGAACCUGGAUCUUACCAAGAGAACGAUGGUGCACGAGGGACCUCUGUCAUGGAAAGUGAACAAGGACAAGACUAUUGAGUUGUACACGCUCCUCCUGGAGGACAUCCUGGUUCUGCUACAGAAACAAGACGAGCGUCUGAUCCUGAAGUGUCACAGCAAAAACCUGGCAGGCACUGCAGAUACCAAACAUAUCUUCAGUCCCAUCAUCAAACUCAACACUGUGCUGGUGCGCUCUGUGGCCACAGACAACAAGUCUUUUUUCGUCCUGUCCAUGUCCGACAACGGAGCCCAGAUCUACGAGCUGAUGGCGCCCACAGUCGCAGAUCAGAUCACGUGGCAGCGUCUAAUCAUCCAGCGAGCGGAGGCCAUGAAAGUCAAACCUCACAGCAUCAUCCCGUUACCUCAGAGCGACGGGGAGAGAGACGACGUGGAGAUCAUUACCGCAGGUGUGUCCAGGCUGAGCCGAGACGCAGACCGCACGUCCACGGGCAGCACCCAGUCAACAGAUAAAGAGAGCAGUCCGGCCCCUAGAAGCGCCUUGCCCAGCUCUCUACCUGGUAACAAUCCAUUCGAGACGGGGAAGGGUGAGGAGGAGGAGCAGGAGGAGGAAGGGUUUGUGGAUCCGGAGCUUCCUUACCCAGCGGCUGAGGACGUCAGGGAAGGAGACUCGUUUAACGUGUAUCCCUCCAGAGCAGACGAAGCACUGAAAACACUGGCAGCCUUAAAGCAGGUGUUGGUGACCCAGCUGAUGUCCCAGGAGGCUGCAGAGCAAAGCAAACGCUCCACAGGGGCUCGUCUCCUCAGGACCACGUCUCUGCGGACCCCCAUCGACAGCCGCGCCCGAGUGAUGGUCCACAACGGCUCGGAGAAGAACAGCUCUCAGACCGAGGACCCGGCUCAGGACCUCGGCUCCGGGGACACGGGCUUCUUCGACUCUCCUGACGAUUACGCAGGAUACUUGGUCCUGGAGGGCUACGGUGGCCCGGGGGAGAGCAGCACAGACGACGACAUCUUGGCAUCAGCCACAGGGAAGCAGCUGAGAUCCUCACAAGGCUGCGCCACGGACUCCGGCAUCAACUUGAGGUUUUCCUCGGCGUCUCAGGCCGGCAGCCUCUCCUCUGUCAGCAGACAAGUCCUGUCUCACCUCAGAAGCCUUCAGUCCAACCUGAGCUAUCUGAAGGACGUUGAGGCCAAGUACAAUAAUCUAAUACGCCAAAGGCCUGAAAGGUCCUCAGCAGACAUGGACGGGAACAAAGAUAAGAGAUAGUGGAAGACCACGCCCACGGCUUCAGGCUCUGGUCCCAAAGAGGAAGUCCUGACCCGUCGUCUGAUCUUACUUCUCGUGUCCUGGACUUUCUGGACCUCCUAUAAGCUUGUCCUCUCACUGCUGAGUCGCCCUAUUUUCCUUUCCAUCGCCGCCCGCGGCCGCCACUGAGAAUGAGAGACUGAGAGUGUGAGCAGAAACGUGGAUGUCUUUAGCGACGCCGCACCCCCACCACCCCCCCCUUUUUCUCCUCCAUCAGCACAAGGCAAUCAGGGAAGUGGGAUUGCCCCAGAACCUCACCCCUCGACCAUCUAACACCCAUUUCCCCCCCCUGAACUCCCUGCAAGAAAGAGAACUUAUACCAAAAUGUACAAAGAUGUGUGUUUAGAAUAUAUAUAUAUGAAACACAAAACAAGAAAAGGAAAAUUUUAAGAUAAUGUAUUAAGAUUUUUUUUAUCCCAAGAUGUAUUUAUUUUCUUUCUUUUAUUUUCAUUUUUUUUUUUUUUUUUUUUUUUAAAAAGUGUUUCCACAUUGCUUGCAUGCUUUUGGCCAUGGUGUUACCUUUUGGACGGCUCCUCCCCGCGCCAGUCACACGGGCCGCGUGUGAGUGACGAGUGCACGCGAGCGCCGGCCGAGCGGAGUCCUGGUGAAGUGGCGGGAGUGUAUUCAGACUGAUAGAGGCCGGAGUCGCACGGGUGAUGGAUAGAUCCCAUUGUGUUGAAACUCUUGAACUGUGUUAAAAGACUAGAAUUUUAGACAAAUUCUAGGUGUGGUGUUAAACUAGAAUGAAGAGUCUCAAGGCUCUGAUCUGGUCCUGUUGCAUUUCUGUGCCUCCUCCUCCUCCUCCUCCUCCUCCU